AUGGCCUCCGCCAUCCGAUGCUGCAUGAUGGCCGGUGGCACGGUGGUGCUGGUGACUGGAACAUUGUGCUUCGCCUGGUGGAGUGAAGGAGACGUGGAUGCCCAGCCCGUCCAGCAGGGCUCUCCCUCCGAGCACCCUGCACCUGCGGCCCCCAGUCCCCUGCUCAGAUCUGUCAGCUUCCUGUGCUGUGGCGUCGGCGGUCUGCUGCUGCUCUUCGGCCUGCUGUGGUCCGUCCUGGCUGGGGCAGCGGGGCCACCCCCGGGGGACCCGUACCACUGCUCCAGACACUUGUACUACCUCACCACCACGGAGGCCUCAGACAAGGAGGGCUGCAGGACCCCGAAGGUGGUCACCAUGCCCACACAUGCGGACGUCAUGCACUAUUUACCAGCCGAGGCUCUGCCAGCCCCACCUGCAUACUCCAUGGAGGAAGACUUGCAGGACCAUGCACCGGGGGAUGCCAUGCUCGGGACCCCACCACCCUUUCCCCCUCCCAGCUAUGAAAGUAUUGUUCUUGAUCUUAAUCCCAUUUCAGGAGAGACAAGCCCUGUUCCAGAUGCUGUGUGCACAGGUCAUUAG